AUGGCUUCAAACGCUCAUCGUGGUGCGGACAAGGGCAUCGUCAACCCCGCGUACGAGUCGGACGACGACACUAGCAGCCAAGCUUCUUUCGGCAAAGGGAUGGCCAGCUACCAGCAGCAGCAACCCGGCUACAACCCCCAGUACAACAAUCCGUACGCUCAACAGGCCCAACCGCCGCCUCCGCCCGGAUGGCAGCAGCAAGGAUAUCCUCAGCAGCCACCGCCUCCGAUGGGCGCUGCUGCCCACAACAUGGAAAAUGGGGAUGGUGACAAGUACGCGUUCAACUUCUCGGAUCGCACCAUUCGAGCCGCUUUCGUACGCAAAGUCUUCAUUCUGGUCACCGUGAUGCUCGGUAUCGUGGCUACGAUGACUGCGGUUCCUUUCUUUCACACCGGUGUGAAACAGACCUUGCGCACGUCUCCUGUUCUGUAUCUGACUGCAUAUGGUGGCUUCCUGGUCGUCUAUCUGAUGUUGAUGUGCUGUGAGAGCGUGCGGCGCUCGUUCCCCUUGAACCUGGUGAUGACCGCCCUUUUGACGGUCUCAAUGGGAUAUAUGACGGCGGUUCUGGGUGUCCAGUACUCUGUUGAGUCGGUUCUUCUAUCGCUUCUCAUCUGUGUCAUCUGCUGCGGUUCGAUCAUUCUGUUUUCGAUGCAGACUAAGCACGAUCUCACUGGACUGCUUGGAAUCGCCUUCAUCCUAGGGAUGUGCCUCUUCGCUUUCGGUCUCGUGAUCAUGAUCAUGAGCUUCUGGGUCAAGAUAAAGUUUUUGCAUAUGGUCUAUGCUAUCGGCGCCGCUUUCCUCUUCAUGCUGUACCUGGCCAUUGAUAUCCAGAUGAUCAUGGGUGGCCGCAAGUUCGAAAUCUCGCCUGAAGAUCACAUUUUUGCCGCCAUUCAACUGUUCAUUGACAUCGUCUACAUCUUCUGGAUGCUUCUGACGAUCUUCGGAUCGAGCAACAAC